UCCGAACAUUUUGCUUAAAAAAAUUGAUAAAGAGUGAAAAUAAAAAUCAGUGGCAAGAGAUGGUAUUCAUAAAUUUAUUUGUAGCUUACUUAGUUCUACUUCAACAUGCGGAUGGCUGUACGAAUGGAUUUAAAAAUACAAAUUUUACGCCCGGACGAAGUGUAAUAGUUCACUUAUUCGAAUGGAAAUGGAAUGAUAUUGCGUUGGAAUGCGAACGAUUUUUGGGACCAAAUGGAUUCGCUGGCGUACAAGUGUCUCCAGUUACGGAAAAUAUAAUUGUUCCAAAUAGACCAUGGUAUGAACGUUAUCAGCCCAUUUCCUAUAAACUUAUCACACGUUCAGGCAACGAAAAAGAAUUCGCUGAUAUGGUGGGACGAUGCAAUGAUGUUGGUGUUCGUAUUUAUGUUGAUGUUGUUUUCAAUCAUAUGACCGGUGCGCAUAACGUUAAUGUUGGCACUGGCGGGUCAACUGCUGAACCAGAGCACAGAUAUUAUCCGGCAGUCGGUUUCAAUGAUAGCCAUUUCAAUAGACCGUGUGGUAUCUCUAACUAUAACGAUCCAAAUGAAGUAAGGAAUUGUGAAUUGGUCGGAUUACGCGAUUUAAAUCAAGUGAAUCCUUUCGUUCGAGAUAAAAUCGUCGAACUUCUGAACCAUUUAAUCGAUUUGGGUGUGGCUGGAUUUCGCGUGGAUGCCGCAAAACAUAUGUGGCCAGAUGCAUUGAAAGACAUUUACAAUGGCUUGAAAACAUUGAACACUGCGCAUGGAUUCGAAGAAGGUGCAAAACCAUACAUUGUACAAGAAGUUAUUGAUCUUGGUGGUGAAGGAAUCUCACGUGAUGACUACACCCCAUUGGGUGCAAUAACCGAAUUUCGUUAUUCCGCUGAAAUUGGUCGUGUUUUUCGUGGUCACGAUCAAUUGCGUUGGUUAAGAAAUUGGGGUACCGGCUGGGGAUUCGUCGAAAGUUCGAAUGCAUUGGUUUUCGUUGACAAUCAUGACAAUCAGCGUGGUCACGGUGCUGGCGGUGAUAACAUUCUUACGUAUCGCGAUCGAAGAAAUUAUUGUAUGGCAAGUGCAUUUGCUUUAGCACAUCCCUAUGGAAACGUUCGCAUAAUGAGUUCAUUCGAUUUUCCGAAGGGAGCCAACGAUGUUGGUCCACCUCGUGACAAACAAGAUAACAUUCUGUCACCGAUUAUCAAAAAAGAUGAGUUAUGCGGAAAUGGCUGGGUGUGUGAACAUCGAUGGCAUUUAAUGAAAAAUAUGGUUAGCUUUAGAAUCGCCGCCGACGAUGCACCAAUUACUUCGUGGUAUGAUAAUGGGAAUAAUCAAAUAGCAUUUAGCCGUGGCAGUCGCGCAUUCAUAGCAUUCAAUCGUGAAGACACCGAUUUCAGUAGAGUUUUGAAUACUAAAUUACCGCCAGGUGUAUACUGUGACAUUAUAUCGGGUCAACGUGAUGGUGAAAAGUGCACUGGUUCCAAAGUAACUGUCAAUGUUUAUGGUUAUGGUCAUAUCUUUCUUCCAGCCAAUUCAACGUAUGGAGUUUUUGCUAUUCAUAUUGGAUCACUGUCUAAACUUAAUGAACUAAAUAUUAAAAGCAAGCCAAUCAAAAAACAUUGAUCAUUUUUGGGAAUCUUUUCCAAAUAUUCUUAAUAAAAACAAAUAUAUCAUCUACUCAUCUUUGC